AUGGAAAAACGCUCUCCUCCUCAGCUGAACCAGCACAUUCCCCAGAACAACGCCGAGGCCAACGACAACAGCAACAAGCGUUGCUUCUCAGGACAUCAUCUGUGCCAGACAGUGUUGUGUCAGAUAUGCGAUAGCCAGACGUACGUCAGAACUGUCACGAAGAUCGGGGUAUUCGAACCGACCGAGAUUCUGUUCGCAACCUCUGCCAAAGAAUCCAAGUUGUUCUACAUCAUACAGGAGAAUAUCCAAGAUACUACAUUUACCUUUUUAGACCGCAAGUUCUGGUCGGAGAGGGCUGGCCAUGACUAUGUAGACCGGCUCGCCUUUUCUGGGGAUGUUGAACCCAUCAAAAUCGUCCUGGGAGGGAACUAUUAUGCUGCCUGCUGCUUUGCUGCGGUCUUAAAGUAUGUCGAGCUGGAGCUAAACAGAACCUUCACCUGCCACUCGCUUCGUAUCAGGUUCGAGCCAUCACAGGGGUCCAUGUCCAUUGAUCUAUCCACAAUUGUCUCCUUGGAGUUGAUCCAAAAUAUACACAAUGCGAAAUCAAAGGAUAGCCUGUACGGACUUCUCAAUGAGACUCUGACACCUAUGGGUGCAAGGCUUCUCAGAGCCAACAUUCUUCAACCAUCAACCGAGGAAUCAAAGCUGCAAGCACGAUACGAUGCUGUUGAGGAUUUGUCUACAAAGGAGGACAUGUUUGUCUCAGUGAGACAAGCUCUCAAAGGCUUUGUUGAUGCGGAUAAAGUUCUUACUUCUCUCAUCCUUGUGCCCAAUAAACGAGCCUUACAAUACGCUGAGCAGUCUGUCAACAAUGUCAUCAUGGUCAAGACAUACGUGGGAUCAAUCAAGUCAGUUUACAAGGCACUGAUGGCAGCUCAAAGCAGUCUUCUAACAACCAUAAGAGAGGUAGCUCUAUGUGCCCCAGCAGGCCACCGGGCUGUUCAGCAGAUGAUUGAAGAGACUCUCAACGAGCAUGUCACAUACCAAACCCGGCCACUUGAUCUCAGGAACCAGCGCAUUUACUGUGUCCGGGCUGGUGUGAACAGCCUCCUCGACGUCGCGAGACAAACAUACAAAGAAGCUAAUACAGAUGCCGCGGAUCUCGUAGCAGAGCUAGCAGAAACGUACAGUAUAGCCCUUGACUUGAAGUUCGACAGAGCUCGCCAAUACUACAUUAGUCUCUCGGCUACAACAGUAGAAUCCUUGCCAGACGUCUUCAUCAACGUCUUUCGCAAAAAGAACCGUAUAGAGUGUCAAACGCUCGAUCUCGUUAAGCUCAAUCAGAAGAUCACAGAUGCACACAAUGAAGUCAUCAAUAUGAGCGACGAAACGGUGCAGGGACUAAUUCACAACAUCUGCUCAGAGAUCUCAGGACUCUUCAAAGUAAGCGAAGCCAUUGCUAUUCUUGACAUCCUAACAGCGUUCGCCCAAUUAGCAACAUCAAACGACUACAUCCGGCCUGAACUGACAGAUACUCUCGCAAUCAAAUCCGGACGUCAUCCGAUCCGCGAGAAGAUACACACGAAGAAGUUCAUCCCCAAUGAUGCCUACGCAACGCAACAGUCUCGCUUCCAGAUCAUCACAGGCUGCAACAUGAGCGGCAAAUCCACUUACAUCCGCACCCUAGCGCUGAUGACCGUAAUGGCGCAAAUCGGCUGUUUCAUCCCAGCAGAAUAUGCAUCAUUCCCCAUCGUCCACCAACUAUUCGCACGAGUCUCCACGUCCGACGACCUCGAAGCAAAUAUUUCGACCUUUGCCGCCGAAAUGCGCGAAAUGGCCUUCAUCCUCCGCAACAUCGAACCGCGCAGCAUGGUUAUCGUCGACGAACUAGGGCGCGGCACCAGCACAACAGACGGCCUGGCCAUAGCCAUCGCCAUCGCGGAAGCACUCGUAGAAAGCCACGCGCUAGUCUGGUUUGUGACCCAUUUCCGAGAUCUCGCCUUAAUAAUGGGCGAGCGCAAUGGCGUCGUGAGCCUCCAUCUCACGGCAGAAGUAUCCCCCGAUGCUUCGAAAAUGACCAUGCUCUACAAGAUAGCCGAAGGCAUCGAUACGAAUCAAUUCUACGGCCUCGCUCUAGCCAAGCUUGUUGACCUUCCCCCAGGUGUCCUCGAAACCACACAGCAGGUAUCAGAGAAACUCAAUCAGCUCGCUAAACGCCGACAUAGCAAGUCCAGAGCCUUGGCGGUGACUCGUAGACGGAAUCUGAUCCUUUCGCUGAAAGAACAACUCCUUCUAGUCCGUAAUAGAACUAUGGAAGGCGAAGCCCUUCGGAAAUGGUUGAAGCGGCUUCAGGAUGACUUUGCUCUGAGUAUGGCUGCUAUCGACGAGGACGCGGCAUGUGCCAGCGACGAAGACGCUCCUGCGCCCAGGGAAGUGUACGAGGACACUAGUUCUACCGGGAACCUUCUUUUCGAUGAUGAGGGCCCUGAGGUCCAUCAUAGCUCUGAACUGGGUGAAACCCUGGUGCAAACUGCUGAAGGUCAGCUUGGAAUUCCUGAGUCAGAAGCCCUUCUCGAAAGUCCUAAUGAUUGUAUAUCACGACUAUUAGCUCCUCCCUCGGACGUCUCCGAGGGGCCUGUAGAUGGACUCGCCACGUCGCGUUCUGAAAAUAAUGAUGAUUCCUCUGACGAACAGAAUCCCAUUUCCUCAAUGAAUACUGAAUCCUGA